AUGCAUACAGAGAGCAACUACGCAGGAAUGAAGGAUUUGGUGAUUCCACCAAAAGACCCACGCUUUAAGACGGAUGACGUAACAAAGACAAAAGGUAGCGACUUUGAAGAUUAUUUCUUAAAGCGAGAGUUAUUAAUGGGUAUAUAUGAGAAGGGAUUUGAAAGACCAUCACCUAUACAAGAAGAAAGUAUCCCAGUAGCUUUAGCUGGAAAGGAUAUAUUAGCUAGAGCUAAGAAUGGAACUGGUAAGACAGCAGCCUUCGUUAUACCAUUGCUUGAAAAGAUCAACACAAAGAAAAAUACUAUACAGGGAUUGAUUCUUGUACCUACAAGGGAAUUAGCUCUACAAACAAGUAGUAUUGUUAAACAACUUGGUAAACAUAUCAGUGUACAGUGUAUGGUUAGUACAGGAGGUACUUCACUACGUGAUGAUAUAUUACGUUUAAAUAAUCCUGUACAUGUUUUAGUUGGAACACCAGGUCGUGUUCUUGAUUUAGCAAAUAAGAAAGUUUGUAACCUUAGUGGUUGCUUUAUGUUUAUAAUGGAUGAGGCUGAUAAAUUAUUAAGCCCUGAAUUUCAGCCUAUAAUUGAAGAACUAAUCGAGUUUUUACCUAAGGAACGUCAGAUACUUUUAUAUUCUGCUACAUUUCCAGUUACUGUAAAGGGUUUUAAAGACAAAUAUCUUUCAAAUGCUCAUGAAAUUAAUUUAAUGGAUGAAUUGACAUUAAAGGGUGUAACUCAAUAUUAUGCUUUUGUAGAGGAGAAACAGAAACUUCAUUGUCUUAAUACUUUAUUUUGUAAGCUACAAAUUAACCAGGCUAUAAUAUUUUGCAAUUCUGUAGCAAGAGUUGAACUAUUAGCCAAAAAAAUUACUGAGUUGGGUAGUUCGUGUUUCUAUAUACAUGCAAGGAUGCUGCAAUCUCAUAGAAAUCGUGUAUUCCAUGACUUUAGGAAUGGUGCAUGUAGAUGUUUGGUAUCUUCAGAUUUAAUUACUAGAGGUAUCGACAUUCAGUCUGUCAAUGUUGUUAUAAAUUUUGAUUUUCCAAAAUAUUCUGAGACAUAUCUUCAUAGGAUUGGUAGGUCUGGUAGAUUUGGUCACUUGGGAUUAGCAAUAAAUUUGAUUACAUAUGAAGAUAGAUAUAACUUAUACAGAAUAGAGAAAGAGCUGAAUACAGAGAUUACAUCAAUUCCUGUCCAGGUUGAUCCUGCACUAUAUACAUAA